GUACGCCUUACAAAUUAGGAUUCAUUCCAUCAUAUUAGCUACACAACAAUCGAAUCCCAGUGGGAUACAGAUUCAAAAGAAAGAAAAAUAUAAAAGAUGGCCAUGGCUUCAGCUGCAAUAGACCUUUUGCUUGGGAAAAUAGUGUCAUUUCUUGACGACCAAUUGUCACUGUUAGGAGGAGUUCAUGAUGAACUUGAAGAAAUCAAGCGCGAGCUUAUAGUCAUGAAAGCCUUCUUGGAGGAUGCAGAAAGAAAGGGUGUUCUCAGUGAAGUGGAGAAAACAUGGGUGGCGAAUGUGAGGGACGUAUCCGUAGACGUUGAAGACUUCAUUGACGAGUUCACCUACCACAUCAACAAGCAGAGAAGUUGGAGUCCAUUUACAAGAACGUUUCGUAAAUCCCUUCGCUUCCCUAAGAAUCUUUGGGAGAGGCAUCGGAUUGCCACAAAGUUGCAGAAGAUCAUCAAAAUUAUCAAAGCCAUUCCAGAGAGAAGCCUACGUUACGGAGUUAAACGUAUAGAAGGUGUUUCUUAUUCCCACUACGAUCCUGAUCGGUUGAGAAUCUUAAGGGAGUCAUCUCUUUUCCUUCAAGAUGAUGAAGUGGUGGGAAUUAUAGAUGCUAAAGAGAAGUUGGUCACAAUGUUGUUGUCUUCACAAGCGCAAAGAACUGUGAUUUCUGUUGUUGGAAUGGGUGGCUCUGGCAAGACUACCUUGGUUGCAAAGACCUUCAAUGGCCAGACUGUGAAGCAACAUUUCGAUUGCUGUGCGUGGAUUACUGUCUCGCAAAUGUACACGGUUGAAGAUCUACUCAGAGUAAUCAUGAAGGAGCUUCUCCGAGCAGUGAAGGAGCAGAUUCCAGUAGACUUGAGCGACAUGAGCUAUUCACAUUUGGUGGAAAUGCUGGCCAGCUAUUUGAAGGAAAAGAGGUACUUGAUUGUCUUAGAUGAUGUGUGGGAUAUCAAUCUUUGGAGAAAAAUAAGUGCGGCACUUCCAGAUGGACCACAUGGAAGCCGGGUCAUGCUUACAACUCGUAAAGAAGACAUUGCUUCUUUUCCAUUUGGGCUUGGAAGUUAUGUCCACCAUGUUCAGCCUCUAAACAAGAGUGAGGCGUGGCAUCUUUUUUCCAUGAAAGCUUUCUUCAGUUGUCCUAAUAGCUGUUGUCCAACUGAGCUCGAACAUAUAGCUAGAGAUCUUGUUGACAAAUGCGAAGGCUUACCUCUAGGAAUUGUUGCUUUGGGCGCUCUCAUGUCAACCAAAAGUGUUCUGUCCGAGUGGAUGAAGGUUUACGGCAGCUUGAACUGGGAGCUAUGCAACAACCCUAGGCUUGAAGUGGUGAAGAGCAUCUUACUGUUGAGCUUCAAUGAUUUACCAUAUCGGCUAAAGCAUUGCUUCCUAUAUUGUUGUGUUUUCCCCGAAGAUUAUGUGAUCCAGUGUAGACGGCUUAUUAGACUGUGGAUAGCGGAGGGGUUUGUGGAACAAGUUAGAGGUGCUAAGACAGAAGAGAUAGCUGAGAGCUACAUGGCGGAGCUCACGUGUCGAUGCAUGCUUCAAGUAGUUGAGAGGGAACCAUCUGGCAGGGCAGAAACAUUUAGGAUGCAUGAUCUUCUGCGAGAACUCUGCAUUUCAAUUUCAGAAGCUGAGACAUUUUGUACCAUAUACAAUGACCAAGAACCAGCUAAAGAGAGCAAGGCUCGCCGCGUGUCAAUGCAAGCGAAUUCUCGAGCACUAAGAAAUCCGAAAGACAUUUCGAAGGUUCGCACAUUUUUCAUGUUUGCUGCUUUUUCAUUGAAUUAUCUGCCAUCUGGUUUCCAACUGUUGAGAAUCCUAGACCUUGAAGAUGUUCCGAUUGUGCAGUUGCCAGAUGAUAUAGUGAACUGCUUCAAUUUGAUGUAUUUAAAUUUGAGAAGCACAAAAGUUAAAGAGCUUCCCAAAGACAUCGGGAAACUCAGCAACUUAGAAAUGCUAAACAUAAGCAAUUCGAAAAUUAGAUUACUUCCGGUUGGGAUUUUGAAGUUACAGAAGCUACACCAUCUCUUGAUGUUGCAUUUUAAUGAUCAAAAGUUGUGUUCUUUUGAUUGUCUUGACGGCUGCACACAAGCUCCGCCGGGCAUUUGUAAGCCGAAGAGCUUACAAGUUCUGGAUACAGUCAAGGUGGAAGGCGAGUUGAUCGAACAACUUCAGUCCAUGACGCAACUCACAAGACUAGGCUUAGCAAAUGUGAGGGAAGCUGAUGAAAAAGAUCUAUGCAAGGCGCUCGAAAACAUGAAACUCAUUGAGCAGUUGAAUGUCAUGACAACCGAUGAGGAUGAGGUGUUGCGCAUGGACGCAUUAGCGGAGGGUCCUCCAAUGCUCCACACACUUUUCCUAACUGGAAAGUUAGAGAGGAUUCCACUUUGGUUCCAUUCUCUUCAUAGCCUUUCGUACUUGGCUUUGCUCUGGUCUAGAGUAACACAUGAUUUUCUUCCUUGCAUCCAAGAGCUGCCAAAUUUGACAAGGCUGUGGUUGAUUAAUGCAUAUACAGGAGACGAGUUAGUCUUUCGCAGUGGAUUCCGAAAGCUCACCGAGUUGAUACUGCUCAACUUUUCUCAGUUGUCUGUGAUCAUCAUAGAGAAGGGAGUGAUGCCGGCAUUAAAGACACUGGAUAUAUGGGAAUGCAUGCAGUUGAAGCAAAUUCCUCGGGGCAUUGAACAUCUCACAAAUCUCAAACAAUUGACUCUGUUAGGUGUUCCCAAUGAGCUGAUUGAGUGCAUACGAGGAGAAGGAAGCAUGGAUAACUCAAAGGUUAAGCAGAUUCCCAACAUUGGUUAUUGCUACAAAACUAGGUUUGGGUGGUCUCAUGGUAGAACGCGAUGAUCUCCACUACAGCAAGGUAACUAGUAAGAGCUCACCAAGGUCGCGAAUUUUGGAUUGGGUUAGUUCAUCAUGAUCGAAUAAAAUUGUUACAAAAGUCCAUUUAGUGAGAUCAGUUGAAGACUUCAUAUAACAUCAGCACAUAUAUGUAUAGGUUGUACGUGUUGCUAUGUCCUCUCUCUGUGCUCUAUAUAUGCAUGUAUUGGUACAAUGGUCUAUUCCCCUAUGGUAUUCUAUUUAUGUAGAUUGCUAUUAAUAAGCCUAUCGUAUGCA